CCGGCCGAGCCAGCUGUGGGAGCUUAACCACGCUGUUCCCCGUCUCACACGUGCCCAACCGAUAACAUGCCUUCCAGACCAGCGUCGUGCUCGGUGCUCCCAGUUGAAAAGAGCAAGGGACAAAGAAAUCGAGACAGUGUUGCUUCCUUCCGCGGUUGGCCAAUGGCCGCCCCAGGCGUCGCGUCCACAAGCCUGGUCGCCCGCGGUACAAGCUCAGAAGCAGUCUCGUCGAGACUCCCGAGCUGAAAAAUUUCACGCAUCGGAUGAGAUUCCGAAGGGAUGCUCAUCCGGCCUCAGGGGGGCCACAUCGUGCGGCUGGAGUUCAAGCGGCGCCUCGAGAAGGACGCCGACGCCCGAGGGGUGCAGGGUGCCGCCGGCGCGGCCGGUGCCGGAGACGAACGGGGGACUGGAGUAUUUUCUGGACAUCGAAGCUCGGAAGCUUGAGUUCAAGAAUCCAGAUCGCGAGGUUGGCCUUGGAGAUGGAGGAUAGAUUAAUUGAGCUGGAAGUGAUACAGAAAGUUUUGCUUAGAGGGUACAGAAAGAAGCUGCAGCUUUCAUGGAGAAUGUCCGUUCAACUGUUCUGAAGUAUAUCACGAUAUGAGACAUAAACAAACAUUUUAAUUGUGCAGGCAUGCAGAGAGAAAUUGAUGACAGGGCUGGCCCGUCUAACAUCUGAAGCCCAAAAAGGACCACUCAUGCGAGGCCGACUGGAAAGCCUGUGUCCCAUCCUGUGGGCCCACCGUGUAACGUAUAUGGCGCGAUGACCCCAAACUGGCCGUCCGCUGCACUUGUCACAAUACUCGAUCCCUUUAUCGUGCGUCGCCGUUCCCCCCUGUUCCCUCGGCUUCCCGGGGACAUGUUCGACUGUUCGUCAAUAAUUGAAAGUUCUCGGAAACAAUGAGAAAUUCCUUUCCUAGUGAAAUUCUCAGUUGCUGCCACGUAGGAGGUAUAGAAAUUUCGCGAGAGAACAUGAGAUCGCAGCAGAACGCAUACUUCCCCGUUUAGUCCCGGACCGAAAAAUCCCGCUGCCCGUUUAAAAUCCCGCGACGGGCGGAAGGACCCCACGCAUUUGGGGCCGGUCGAUGCGUCCCUUCGCGCGGCAUAUAUCCUCCGCCAGAUCUCCAUCGCACGGUCCACACCAGGCGGUGAAAUGUUACCGCUUCCUCGCUCUCUCCCCACUUUUUUUUUUUUUUUAAAGGAAAAAGAAAAACAAACCCUAGAUCGUUCGUGCUGCCGCCUCUAUCUUCUCUCUCUUUAUAUCUCUCUCCCCCCCCCCCCCAUCUCUUCUCUCUCAUCCGACUCUUCGUUGCUACAACGCCGAAUUCGUGAAACGCCAUAACCGCCAAGAAUUUGAAAUAGUGAAAGACGAGGUGAAAAAGAAAAGGAAAGGGGGAAAUUUCCCAAAAGGGGCGAAAGAGGGAAGAACAAAGGGCAUUUCAUCGGAUCGUCGGUAGGGAUCCGGUCACCAUGGACGUCGUCGAGGGGUGGUGAUGGGAUCUCGCGAUGGGUGGUCGCCGGACGCCGAUGAGAACGCCGACGAGCGAUGAGACGGCAUGCGAGAUCUGAGAACCGCAAGAUCGUACGGAAGCUUGGGGAGCCGGCCGGGGAGGCGGAGGGAGCAGCGGAGAUCGGGUCGAGGAUCUUCCCCUUCCGGGCGCCGCCGGCGUCGAUGCCGUCGGUCGGGACGCGGCGGUCGACCAGGGUGUUCGUCUCCAAGGCCGCGGCCAAGGCCGGCGGCGGUGGCGACGGGGAACCCGUGGAGAGGGUUCUCCGCUCCGGGAAGCGCCUCACGGUGUCGGAGCAGGCCCCGGGGAAGAAGACGGACGGUGGAAGCGGCAACGGGGUCCAGUGGCUGCGUUUGCUCGGUGGCGGCGGCGACACGGCGGACCUACAGUGGUGGAAGGGGGAGGGCAAGAAGGUGGAUCUUGGGGUCGGGGAUGAGUGGCGCGAGCCUGCAGCGCCAGAAUCCGCCGGUGGAGCGGAUGAAUCUGUCAAUCGAAGGGGCUCUAUGGAUUCUCCCGAUGGUGGAAAGUUUGGGAUUGCUUACAGCCGGAAGCGGCGGAGGCCACGGUCAGACGAUGCGGGAUCUUCUCUUUCUGGAGUAGGGGACAGGGACUCCGAGAAGGAUCGGAAGUAUGGAAUCGUUUUUGCGCGGAAACAGCCUAGGAAAAAGCCCAAGGUGGAACCUUUAGUUCAGGAAGUCUCGGGAGAGACAGGAAAAAUUGAUAGGGAGCAAGAAGAGAUCUCAAGACGAACAGGUAGAGAGGGGGACGAAAUUAGGGUAACAGAGUCUGCAAGAGACUUUGCUGAAAAGGUGGGCAUUUCAGAGAAUGAUAUCUGGACUGGCUUGAGUGGUUCUAUGGUGCUCGCCGUGCUCAUAGAUUCCUCCUGUGGCAGUAGUUCACAUAAAUUUUCGCGUCUCCUUAUCUCUGUAGUUAGCUGGAUGAAGAGAGCUCGGGUGAGAUUCUGGCAAUUUGCUGCUUUUCUUUUAUCUGAAGCAAUAGCCAAUGCUUUCUCUCUAAAUGGCGUCCAUUUCUUACCAGCUCGGCCCCAUAAAAAUAAUAUUUUCUUCAGCACUCCUAUACCUGCUUGUGGACUUUGCAAGAUGUAUGGUGCCAGACAGUUUAUACCUAUGUUGUCUCUUGAUUUUUCUGCCAUUCCGUUCUUCUUCAAGAGUUUGCAUGUUGGAAUGGUUCUUCGUUCUCAGUAUUUGCCAGGAGUUCUUGCAAGAUACAUAAUGGGUUUGCACACGAGUUUUCCUGUGGCUGUGCGAUUUGAAGAAUAUGAUUCUCAUAUUCCUUGGGAGACAGGUUAUUCAGGAACUGAAAUCCCUGUUUCUGUAAUUACUGCUGUGAAGAGGAAUGAAUCACAUAAUGCUUUGGAAAGCCCUAGAUCAGUUGGACGAAGUGCAGUAAUUUUGCAUGGCUCAAGGCUACGCAAACAUCAGAGAAAAAGGAGCUUCUCUAGGCAUUCCAGAAGUCGCCAUCCUUUCUUAAUGAAUUCACAUCCUGGUUCAUUGCGAUCUGAUCUGAACAAUGUUGGAGUUUCUCCAGAAGCCAGAACACUUUCCCUAAGGGACUCCUUUGUGGAGCCUCUCCAUGUGAAAACAACUGAAUCUUGUAUUAAUGAUUUUUUAAGUGGUAGAGAUGAUAGUGAUGUCUCUACUCCUCUUGGAUCUCAUGAAAAGCACAGGAAGUCAUCUAUGAAGAGCCCCAUUGAGUUUAAGUUGGCUUUGGUUGAGCUGAAGCAAAACAUGGACUUGGCACAUUGCCGUGCAAAUGUCUUGGUUACUGUUACUGAUAGGUGCUGGAGGGAAGAAGGGGCUAAUGUUAUGUUGGAAUUCUCACAUUCUAAAGACUGGUGCAUAGCAGUGAAGGUAAGGGGCAUGACAAGGUACCUGCAUAAACCUCAAGAUAUGAGGCCCUGUGUUGUCAACCGUUUUACUCAUGCCUAUAUGUGGAGUGGGGAAGAUGGUUGGAAGCUUGAGUUUUGUGACAGGUGGGAUUGGCUUGUGUUUAAGGAAUUGCAUAUGGAAUGUCGUGAACGUAACUUACAGAGUUCGCAGGAUGGCUUUACAAAGACAAUACCAGUGCCAGUGGUUUGUGAAGUUUCGGAUUAUGAGGAUGGUGCCAUGGCUUCUUUUGUGCGCCCUGAUUGUUACAUCAGGAUGAUGGAUGAUGAAGUUGGGCGAGCUUUAGCAAGCAAUGUUGCCAUAUAUGAUAUGGACUUGGGGGAUGAAGAGUGGCUCAACCAGCUAAACACUAGCUCUUCUGAUGUGGAUAAUAGUGGUUUUAGUCACAUUUCAGAUGAAACUUUUGAGAAAAUAGUAUCUGUCUUGGAAAAGGAUGCUUAUAACAAUCCCAAUGACAUUUAUAAAAAAGAGAGGGCAUUGGAUCUUUGCCAGGAUUUGGGGAACAGGGAUAUGCUGGCUGCUGUGUAUGAUUAUUGGGUAGAAAAGAGGAACCAGAAGCGUGCAGCUUUGGUGAGGGCCUUUCAGUAUGACAUCCCAACCCCGAGGAGAGCACAAUUUAUACAGAGACCAUUGUUUCGGAAAAAAAGAUCUUUUAAGAGACAACGUAGCCAGUAUGGAAGAGGGAAGCCAGAAUUCUUCUUGGAAGCUGGAGCUAAAGAGGAGGCUUCACAGAGGAGGGUCCAAGAAGCAGAGAAUGCGGCUGACAGGGCUGUUGAAUCCGCAAUCCAACUCCGUACUAGGGCUCAAAUGCUCAUGUCCAAUGCCGAAUUGGCUGCAUACAAGUCUGUCAUGGCUCUUAAGAUAGCCGAUGCCAUCAGGGUAUCAGAAUCUCCAGAUCUUGCUUCUUCAGUUCUUGAUUGAAUGGAGUUGGAUAUACUGCACAGCAGCGAUGUGAAAACUGUCAUUCCAUUUGGCUGAAAGUGAUCAAUGUCCAUUGUUGCCUUUAUCGCCGUAGUGGGAUUCUGGCUGAUUUAAGCUGUGGGGCGGUUUUUGAAAGCCAAUUUUGGGGCAGGGUUUCAGGAACCCUGCAGAUGAAAAACUGUAAUUUUGUAUAAAUGGUAGCUGUCCCUAGAUUUUGUAUUUGUAUCAUUAUCUCAUUUGUAACACCGAAUUCUUGUGAUUCUCAAGGGAUAAAAAAAGGAAUACGGAAAAUCAAAUGACUAGAAGCAUUGGUUGAUCA